UACUAUCUCUCCCAUCGAGUCGGUUUUAAUUGCUAACUUGAACAAAAGUUAACUCUGGGGUUCAAACUAAAGUAAGUAAUAUCUCACAAGUUUUAAUCUUCUUUUUAUUUCAACAUGAACAGCCAGGUCAAGAGCGCGCUGCCCAGUGAGCAUGGCACAGCUGGUCCCUGGAACCCGAGGAGAAAAUGGUGGGAGUCGAGCCGAAGCUUCAAUCCGGAUACUGGACUUCUGCCACUGUUGGAUUUGGAAAGGAGUCUAUGGUCCCAGUACUGGCCGUGGUACUGUCCCGCGCCUCUCAUCGUGCCCCACAUCUCUGGGUCCAUGCACCAGCCUGCCCCCAGUGCUGGUCCAGAGCAGUACACGUGGAGGGUCAGUCUGGAUGUGUCGCACUUCUCCCCUUCAGAGAUAUCGCUGAGUGUCAAAGAUGGGUUUCUACAGAUCGGAGGGAGACACGAGGAGAGGCCGGACGAGCACGGAUUUGUAGCCAGAUGUUUUACAAGGAAAUACAGGCUUCCAGCAGAGAUCGAUGUUGCCAAAAUAGUGUCAUGGCUUUCAGCAGAUGGGAUCCUGACUGUGGAGGCUCCUGUGCCUGCUCCCUCUGAUCCUGUCACCGUUAUUAUACCAAUAAAGGUGGAAGUGGAGGAUCAACCUGAGAUAGACGCCACAUCUGACGAACGUGAGACGGAAACCCUUUACCCAGAAGCUUCCAAAACGAUCGAGAUAGAAGUAGAAGUCCAUAAGGAGAGCUCUGUAAGAGGGGAGGAGCAGCGUGAGGAGGAGAUAGCGGAGGAGAGCUCAGAAAAUAUCACCGAAGAAUCGAAACCUGAGUCCACAGAGGAGUUGGAGAGCCCUGUGUCCGAAGCGGAUCCUGAAGGGUCCAAGGUACGUUUCCAUGCUCCCUUGGACCUGGGAGCAUGGAAACGUACCUUGGCUGGAGGGAACCGCACCAAACAGACCCGCUCCAACGUGGCCUUGAGCGAACUGUAA